GUGCUCUUUGUGAAAUACUCCUCUACUUUGGAUACCAUCCAAGCACUACCAUUGCUUGAUCCAGUCCCUAUAAGCUAGACUGUCUAUCCUUCCGGACACUCCAUACAAUCAUGGCUCCACACGCCAACGACUCCGAGGGUCUGGCCACCGGCAUUAACGUGGCUGCUUCAAGAGAGGCCGCCGCCUCUGGAUUCACCGUCGAGGCUUCCAACGUCAACUACAGCGAGGAGGACAUCCUCAGCAAGUACCACUACCGCACAACAAAGGUCGAGCGAACCGGUGGCAGGGUCGUUGCCAGUCCGCAUGAGGCUCUCUUCGACUUCAAAACCAAGCGUCACGUCGGAAAGGUCGGAAUGAUGUUGGUGGGUCUCGGUGGCAACAAUGGAACUACCGUCACAGCUGGAAUCAUCGCCAACCGCCGUAAACUUACCUGGGAGACUCGCGAGGGACCUCGCGCUGCCAACUACUACGGCUCUGUCGUCAUGUCGUCAACAGUUAAGCUCGGUACUGACGCUGAGACCGGUGCGGACGUCAACAUUCCACUCCAGGGCAUGCUUCCAAUGGUUCAUCCAAACGACCUUGUCAUUGGUGGUUGGGAUAUCAGCGGUAUGGAUCUCGCCGCAGCAAUGGACCGCGCAGCAGUUCUUGAGCCCACAUUGAAGCAGCUCGUGAAGAAGGAGAUGGCUGCCAUCAAGCCUCUUCCCAGCGUUUACUACCCAGACUUCAUCGCCGCGAACCAGGGCGAUCGGGCUGACAACGUCAUUCCGGGCUCCAAGGCUUGCGAGGAGCACGUUGAACACAUCCGCAAAGACAUCCGUGAUUUCAAGUCUGCCAACGGUCUCGACAAGGUCAUCAUCAUGUGGACUGCCAACACCGAGCGAUAUGCCGAGAUCAUCCCCGGCGUCAACGACACCGCCGAGAACCUGAUGAACGCUAUCAAGACUGGUCACGAGGAGGUCUCACCUUCCACCGUCUUCGCCGUCGCAUCCAUUCUCGAGAACGCUCCAUUCAUCAACGGCUCCCCGCAAAACACCUUCGUGCCCGGCGCCAUCGAAUUUGCCGAGCAGCACAACGCUUUCAUCGGCGGUGACGAUUUCAAAUCCGGCCAGACGAAGAUGAAGUCUGCUCUGGUAGAUUUCUUGAUCAACGCUGGUAUCAAGCUCACCUCCAUUGCGAGCUACAACCAUCUUGGCAACAAUGAUGGCAAGAACUUGUCCUCGCAGAAGCAGUUCCGCUCCAAGGAGAUCUCCAAGUCCAACGUUGUUGACGACAUGGUCGCUGCAAACAACGUCCUCUACGCUAAGGAUGAGCACCCCGAUCACACUGUCGUGAUCAAGUACAUGCCCGCGGUUGGCGACAACAAGCGUGCUCUGGACGAGUACUACGCCGAGAUCUUCAUGGGCGGCCAUCAGACCAUCAGCAUCUUCAAUGUGUGUGAAGACUCCCUCCUGGCAUCACCCCUUAUCAUCGAUCUUGUGCUCAUCGCCGAGCUGUUCACUCGCAUUCAAUGGCGUCGUGACGGUGAGAGCGAAUUCAAGAACUUUCACAGUGUGCUGAGCGUGCUGAGCUACAUGCUCAAGGCGCCAUUGACGCCGCCUGGCGCACCUGUCAUCAACGCUCUUGCGAAGCAACGCAGUGCCUUGAUCAACAUCAUGAGAGCGUGUGUGGGUCUGGAGCCGGAGAACGACAUGACACUGGAGCACAAGCUUUAUUGA